AUGGAGCUACUUACAUGCAUGGCUUGCCUAAGUCCCAAAGGUAAUUUCUCUUCCUUUGACAAAGAAAAGAUUCUCAAACUUGCCCUUUUUUAUCCCGAAGAAUUUUCUAGUGUUGAUGUGAUGGCUCUUAAACUUCAACUUGAUGUAUUCAUGGAUAAUAUGCUAAGUGAUGAAAGAUUUUGUGGUUUGCAAGAUCUUAAUUCUCUUUCCAUGAUGCUUGUUGAAACAAAGAGGCAUGAGAAUUUUCCACUUGUAUAUUUGCUCAUCAAGUUGAUGUUGAUUCUUCCCGUUGCUACGACGAGUGUUGAAAGGGUGUUUUCCGCAAUGACAUGUGUCAAAAAUAAGUUGCGAAAUAGCAUGAGCGAUCAAUUUAUGAAUGAUUGUUUGGUAACUUUUAUUGAGAAGGAGGUGUUCUUACAAGUUCCCGAUGAAAAAAUCAUUGAUCACUUUCAAAAUAUGAAGACCCGAAGGAUGAAUUUGUAA